UGCGCUCCGACCUCCCGGCUCCGCUCCAGCUGCCCGGCCCCGCUCCUGCCCUUCGACUGCGCUGCGGCCCCUCGGCCCCGCGGGUGCUCUCCGGCCCCUCGGCGGUCGCGCAGGGGGUCCCCGCCGGUGCCGGCCCCGAGGGUCGCGGCGUCUCCCGGCGCUGCCCGUCGGGGCGCGGGUGCGGGAUGUCCCCGCGGGCGCUGGAGCUGGCGCUGGUGCUGGCGCUGGCGGAGUUGGUUCUGGCCCUGGGGGCGGCCGAGAAGGGGGAAGCCGCCGUCGGGGUCGCCCCUCCGGGACCCGCUGCUUUCCACCGCGCCGCCAAGGCGUCGUGGCGGCUGCCCGGGCGCUACGUGGUGAUGCUGCGGGCGGGCAGCGAGGCCGAGUUGCGGGACACGGCCCGGCGGCUGCAGGCUCGGGCGGCUCGGCGGGGACACCGGGCCGAGCUGCUGCACGUUUUCCACCUCCUGCCAGCCUUCCUGGUGAGGAUGAGCAGCGACGUCCUGGACACGGCGCUGAAGCUGCCGCAAGUGAAAUACAUUGAGGAGGAUGCCUACGUCUUCGGCCAGAGCAUUCCCUGGAACCUGGGCAGGAUCGUGCCGCCGCAGCCCAGCUCAGGCGCCUACAGCCCUCCCAAUAAAGGUGACCUGGUCGAGAUUUACCUGCUGGACACCAGCGUGCAGAGCACCCACAGGGAGAUCGAGGGCAGGGUGACUGUGACUGGUUUCGAGAGUAUCCCCGAUGAGGAUGCCACCCACUUCCACAGGCAGGCCAGCAAGUGUGACAGCCACGGGACACACGUGGCCGGGGUGCUGAGCGGGCGCGACGCCGGCGUGGCCACGGCAGCCAACAUCCGCAGCCUCCGGGUGCUGAACUGCCAGGGGAAGGGCACCGUCAGCGGGACCCUCAUGGCCCUGGAGUUCGUCAGGAGGGCUCUGGAGGCUGAGCCGUACGCGCCGCUGGUGCUGCUGCCGCUGGCCGGCGGCCACAGCCCCGCACUCAACGCGGGCUGCCGGCGGCUCGCACGGGCCGGAGCGCUGAUGGUGGCGGCCGCCGGCAACUACAAGGACGAUGCCUGCCUCUACUCGCCUGCAUCCGAGCCGGAGGUCAUCACGGUCGGUGCCACCGACAGCGAGGACCAACCCGCCUCCAUCGGCACCCUGGGCACCAACUUUGGCCGCUGCGUGGACCUGUUCGCCCCAGGGGACGACAUCAUCGGCGCCUCCAGCGACUGCAGCACGUGUUUCACAGCGCGGAGCGGAACCUCGCAGGCGGCCGCACACGUGGCAGGCAUCGCUGCCGUGCUGCUCAGCGCCGAGCCCCGGCUGAGCCUGGCCGAGCUCCGGCAGCGCCUCCUGCGCUUCUCGGCCAAGAGCGCGAUGGGCACGGAGCGGGUCCCGGAGGAGCAGCGCCUCCAGACACCCAACAGCGUGGCUGCCCUGCCCUCCCGGCUGGGGACAGGUGAGGAGCUCCUGCAGGGCCGGGCUGGACGCUCGGUGCGGCGGCGGGGAAUAUCCCCUGAGCUGUGCCGGGCACGGCUGAGCCUGCGUGGAUGGGCCGGGAUGGGACCUGGUCGGUGCCGUGAGAGCUGGGUGUCACUGCGGGGACAAUGUGGGUGUCAGUGGGUGUCACUGUGGGUGACAGUGUGGGUGACAGUGUGGGUGUCACUGUGGUUGUCACUGGGUGUCACUGUGUGUCCCCGCCGGUGUCCCCGCGGGUGUCGCCCCGGCCCCGUUGCAGAGGAGCAGCUGCUCUGCCGCUCGGUGUGGUCGGCCCGCUCGGGGCCCGCCCGGCUCUCCACGGCCGUGGCUCGCUGCUCCAGCGCCGAGGAGAUGCUCAGCUGCUCCAGCUUCUCCCGCAGCGGCAGCCGGCUCGGGGAGCGCAUGGAGGACAAGGCCGGGCAGAAGCAGUGCGUGGCCCACGGCGCUUCCCGAGGCCGGGGGGUUUAUGCCAUCGCCAGGUGCUGUACGUGGCCCAGGGAUGAAUGCCAGAUCAACGCCAGCUCCCGGGAGGCCGAGUGCUCCCCAGGACACCACGUGCUGACAGGCUGCAGUUUCCACUCGCCAUCCGUGGGGCUGGGGGCCGCUGGCAGGCCCGUGCUGGGGCUGGGGAGGGGGCCCAGCCGCUGUGCCAGCAGGACAGAGGCGGUGGCACAUGCCUUGUGCUGCCCCGCUGCCAGCCUCGAGUGCCGGCUGGAGGAGCGCAUGGCCCCGGAAAACGAGGACAAGGUGACAGUGUCCUGUGACGAUGGCUGGACGCUGACGGGCUGUAAUGCCAUUCCCCAGAGCUCCAUGGGAGCCUAUGCCGUGGACAAUUCCUGCGUGGCACCCGCUGUCCCUGGCAGCAGCUCGGCCACGGCCAUCGCCAUUUGCUGCCGGAGCCGGCAGUAGGGACAGGCUGAGCUGGAGGCUCCUGUGGCACAGCGGGGAUGGAGGCUUGGCUGGAACGGUGUGACCCUGUCCCUUUCCAGGGCUUCCAGAACAAUCCAUGCUCUGACAUGCAGCUGAGGACCUCCAUGCUUGGGCUGCUGUGCUGGUGGGGGAUGAGCUUCCCUCUGCCUCACACACACUGUGGUCAGGAUGCAGGAGCAGCAUCCAGAGCGGCCCUGCAAGAGCUCUCCAAGCAUUCCCCCAUGCAGCUGGAGCCCUGUCCCAGCACUGGAGCCAUCCCAGAAUCCUCUCCCUGCCCUGCACUGAGUUUUCCUAUAAACACCCUGACAGAACAAGCCAUGGUGUUGUCACCCAACACGGGAAAAAUCCACCACCUUUUUAAAGAAAAAAGGAUUGUGAGGCUCGCUCCUUCCUUUCCUGGUUAGCUGCUCAUUAGUUGUCAGCUAAUGCUGCUUAGCACCUGGAAAAUCUUAGUUUAGCCAUUUUUGGGCAGUUUUAUAAUUGCCUAAUCGUAUUCCUAGGAGACUUCUUUACUUCUGAGUCAAAUACAAGGGCUGUAGUUUAAACAGCCUGCUUGGUUAAUUAGAUUUUUUAUCUGCAUUGCUAUAGUCAGCUACUGCUUCAUUAGUGCUUUUUUUGUUAAGUCAAAGUUAAUGAUCUGCUGGUGUUAUGUGUUAACAGUUUCAGGUCUUCCCAAGACACAUAGAACUGUAGGAGGCUGCAAUUCCUUAAAAAAAAAAAAAAAAAUAGGAUGAAGAAAAAGCUUUCAUAGCACCUUAGUUUUUACAUUUGUACCUUAAAUAUUUAUUUGGAGUUUUAUAAAUGAACAUUUUAUAAAUGUCUUUUUAAAAUAAAACUUGCAGACCUGUGCUUUUGUGGUCCGUUGUCUGGCUUCAUAGACAUCCCCCUGGGGAACUGGUCUGGAAGAGGGAAGGGGGAUCCAGCAGGGAUUCUGCUCACCCCAAGAGCAGCCCCAGGCCCCCAGUGGGAUCCAAGGUGCUCCUGGAUGACAGCUGGCACUGUUGGAAGCUGGCACAGCCAGCACAGGGCCCUUGCCCACAGCUGGGUUGUGCUCUGGGACUGUGUUAUCCACACAAACACAAGACCAAAAGUUUGUUUUAACAACAGAGGUGCAGGGCAAGAGCUUCCAGUUAUGGAAACAAACAUCACCCAGCUUUGGGAAUGUGCCCUUGAACUUGCAUUGUUCCUUCACUUGGGAAGGGCUGGAGCCCCAGGAAGGAAACAAAGCUUGGCUCAGAGAGAUGCCAACAGCAGGGAAAGGCUGAGAAGCACUGAGAUACACCAGAAGCCACCAAAGCUGGGUCUCACUUUUCUCUCAGUGUUUAGCAGCCUCCUGGUACUACAAUAUAUAAUUUCUGUGGUGUUAUCUGAGGAUAGAUGAAAAAAGAUGCAGUUUGAUACCAUAAGCUCCAGGUUAACCUGUCAGACUUGGCUGGGUUGGGUGUUUUUCCUAAUACAAAAGCCCCCUGCAGUUCUGUUACUCUGGCUUUAAUUGGCAAGAGAAGACAAACCCAGCACAAAACAUCACUUUGAAAGGUUGAAACUAAUUCCAACUUGUUAAAUAAAGCUGGCAAAAGCCCAACCCUAAUCUAAACAUGUAAUUAUAUAACAUGGACAUAAUUACAGCCCAUAAUUUGAUCAGCUGGAACCUGAAUUUUGCACAAAGAGGCAGAAAAGAAAAAAGGAUGUCAGCCUGAGAGCUCCUGGACAGCUCUGACACCAAGGGUGAUUUUUCAGCAGACUCCUUGGGCCGUCACCUCUGAAAACACACAUCAGGAUUUCAGCUCUGCUGCCUUCCCUGGGAGAGGGGAGGAUACAGCACAAGGUGUGAGCAUGUUCCACGCCUGAUAAGCCAGACAGAGCUUCUCCAGCUCAAUUCAAGCCUUCAUAAUCCUGGUGGAAGGAAACAAUAUUAAAAGAUUAGCCCUUACUUUGUGCCUUGUACGUGGGUAGGUGGAAAAGCCUCUCACAUUCAGGAGAGCAGGGCUGAUCCCAAGGAUGCUCAUCCCAGUGCUGGCAGCAGUUUGCAGUGCCCAGUCUGUGCUCCCAGGACCACCAGUGGAGAGCAGAGGCUGGUUCAGGCUGGAAAAGUGAAAGUCCUUGUCCUUAGAGCAGGUGACAAAGGCAGAGUGGGGAUGGCAGCUCUGGCUGUAGCUCCUGGUUCCCAAAUAAGUGAGUAAUGGAACAGCAGCUCCAUGUGCACCUCUCUGCCCCUUGCCCCCGUGGGAGGCAGGAUGAAUUCACGCCCAGCUCGCCCACAAAUCUUGGAUCUGACACACAAAAUCCGCUCUAAUCCGCCACUGUGAGCGUGGCCAGGGUAAAUCACUCUGCUGAGGCCAGGAGAGGCUGCACAGAGCUACAGGUGUGACAGUGCCCCAGCACAUGCCCUGGCAUGAGGACAAACAGCAGCUCCAGGGCCACUCAGCUGCUUCCACUGACUCUGGGCAGGAGCCAGAGUAGCAAUCAGGGCACCCCUGAGGAGCUCAGCAUUUGCAGGGCUGGCCUGAGGAGGUUCAGGAUAAGAGAAUCAACAAGACAAGAGCGUAGCAGCGUGUGCACAGUCUAAAGAUUACAAUAGUUUUCUGUGAAAGGAAUAACUUUAUUCCAUUGACCAGGAAUCCCAAGACUGUUCAUCAAGACUGCCUAUUUUUCCAGUGCCAAAUGUCUACUCAUUAAUCGGACAAUAUCUCCCCGAGUGCUCACAGGCAGGCUGUGGCUGCUCCUCACUGAACAUUUUGUAAGCUGUAUAAAAACAUUUUCAUCCAAAAAGAUUGGCAGUAAAAAUUACAACAUAUAAAUGCAUCACAAUUUACACAAAAACUAGUUGUUUUUUUUGUCGUUUUUUUUUUGGUUUUUUUUUUGUUGAACUCUAUUUUCCAAAAAAUAAUCUUCAGCAGGUUCAAAUGACAGCAGCUGGAAAAAAAAAAUAAGUGACCAAGUAUCAUCUUAUUGCAAAUUAUAACCACUGACUUUGUACAAGCGUGAGCAGAACCGUGAAAAAGUUUGUAUUGGUUUCAAGUAUACACAGUGGUGAUGAGCCAUCCUGAUGCAAUUCCCACCAAUGCUUCCCUGGGCCUGUGGCUAUCGAGGAUGUUGUUUCCAUAGGAAAUAACAGGAACCUGAAGUGACAAGUGGUGCCAACCCACAGGAACAUGACCAGCUUCUCCCACCACAUCACCGCUGUGUACUGACUCCUUGGGAAGAUUCAUGAGCCAUUCCCAAAGCAUUUGGGGGGUGGGGGAAGGAAGGAAAGGGGGUGUCCGUAAGAAAUGAUUGGCUCAAAAUUAAUUUAAAACGCGUCACGUUUCAAAUGUCCCGGCACAUCAUCAGAAACAUUUAUAAAAUGCUAACUCUGCCGUGUGUCUGUGAAGAUGUUGUCUGGAAAAGGAAAGGGAGAGGCUCACUAGGGUGCCCCCCUGCCCCUGCACUCCGUGACGCCGGCUCUCCUACCCCACAAUAAGUUACGAAGCUGUACAGCUGACAUCACAUCCCGUGGUUACUUCCAACAGUGAAAUGACUGGUUACUUUCAAUAUUAGUGCACAACAGUGAAAAGCUGUCUGCUGCUCCGUGUUUUGGCAGCAGCGUGUGAAAAGAAACAAAAAAAGGCACUUUUUGGCUGGUUGUGCCUUUAACUUGGCAAAUUUGUCUAUUCUGGAGGUACCCAGGCACUCCUUAAGAUGUCCCCCGUUUCUGUGCAUGUUUGUUUAUAUAAUUUUUUUAAAGUAAGGCAGAAUCCAUAAAUAAAGGCAAAAAGCAGUGCAGAAAAUGUGACGAACACAAAAUGUACAAAAGAUGAAGUUAGUUGGCACAAAAGAAGCUUGAAUCCAGAGCCAGAAAUCACUGAACUGCACUUGACAUAGAAAAUAAAACUGUGCUCAAAUCAUCCCAACUGGUUUCCAGUUAUUUGUGAGCAAAUUAAAAGAGCUGUGAUAUUUUAAACGUUGCCUGGUCAAGUGAAAAUACAAACAAAGCCAAUUCUUUCUUUCCCCGUGUUAAAAUUGCUAUAAAAUCUGCACAACAGUGUUCCCAGCUCACUCAAGGAAUUAUUCAUCAUAUACAACCAAUACCAACUUUCUCAGUAAUUUCAAAGCAUAAGCAAGUGAUUGCAGAUCCAUGACUGAGACUACAUUUUAUUCAAUAUGUCUCCAAAGGUUAAAAAAAUUCAAUGAGUAAAACUGCAACAGAAUUCCUUCUUAAAGUGCUUUUUUCUUUUAAACUACUCAUUAACUUUUUUUUUUUUUUUUUAAAUUCAUCAACAUCCUUGAAUAAUAAAUGCUUGCAUACCCA